UUUAGUGGCUCGACUGUAAUCAGAGUAUUAAGAAGCUACGUGCAGAAAAAAAAAACGCAAAAACUUCCGCCGCCGAUACUCGUCUCUAGCCCAAAAGAAUGGCCGCCGCCGCCGCCGCCGCCGUUUCAGAACCCUUCUCUUUCAAACUCGCCUCUCACCGGCCCAAUUCCUCAUCUCUCACCGCCUUCUCCUCCCUCAAACUCCCUUGCGCUGCUAAUUCUCAAAACUACCACUUCAAAUCCUUGAAAUCGCAGCUCACUCCUCAAUCCCAUAACCGCAUCGCCACCCCUCUCCGUUCCACUACAACCACCCCUGCUGACGUUUCCACCGUCACUACAUUCCACGGCCUCUGUUACGUCGUGGGCGACAACAUCGACACUGACCAAAUCAUCCCCGCUGAGUACCUCACCCUCGUCCCGUCCAAUCCCGAUGAGUAUGAGAAGCUUGGUUCUUACGCCCUCAUUGGUCUUCCAUCUUCGUAUGAAACCCGCUUCAUUGACCCGGGCGAAACCAAAUCCAAAUACUCCAUUGUAAUUGGUGGAGACAAUUUUGGCUGUGGCUCCUCCCGUGAGCAUGCCCCUGUAGCCCUAGGCGCCUCUGGGGUGGCUGCUGUUGUUGCUGAAUCGUAUGCUCGGAUUUUCUUUAGGAACUCCGUGGCCACUGGGGAAGUUUAUCCAAUGGAGUCGGAGGGAAGGCUGUGCGAGGAGUGUAAGACUGGGGACGUUGUGACCAUUGAGCUUGGGGAAAGUGACAGCAAAUUGAUUAAUCAUAGCAGUGGCAAGGAGUAUAAGUUGAAGCCAAUUGGGGAUGCCGGGCCUGUGAUUGAGGCUGGUGGGAUUUUCGCCUAUGCAAGAAAGACCGGGAUGAUUCCUUCACGCUAAACCUAGUGACUAGAUUUUCCAGGGUAAAUAUCUUUGUGCUAUUUGUUUGUUAUUAGCAUAUUUGGUAGAAGCCUAUGUGUUGCAGAUCAGUCAAGCUCUAUUUUUUCUCCAUAAGCACUGGCUGCUAUGUGUUUAUGUGAUCAUUUGAUGCUAAAAGAUUUCUGUUUA